UCAGGGCUGCAGCCGGCGAACGGCGGCAAAUCGCGGGCGACAUCGAGCAAUUCGCGACGUUUCUGUGCGUUCAUUGUGGGGGGAAGGAGGCUAAAAGCCGCGACACGUCGUCGUUGUUGUUGUUUGUUUGUUGUUGUUUGGGUGGUGAGGCCGUCGCAUGGUGAUCCGGGCCGAGUUAAUUGGCGUCACGUGACCAAUUAGCGCGCAGCCUCCGUCGUCGCGGGCGGGUUGCGGGCGAGGCCUCAUCGCGGUUCGGGAAACAUCAACAACAACAUCGACAACAUCAACACAACAACAACAUCAACAACAUCAUCAACAACGUCGCCAUCGGCAGCAACGUGACGGGGUUUUAAUUGCUGACGUGAUCACGUGGACACGGACGCAACCAUCGCUUGCAUCGCCACCAUCAACCCGCCCCCCCAUCACCGCAAGGAUUACGAACAUCAACCACCAUCAUCAUCACCACCGUCACCACCACCACCUUCUGUAAUAUCCGCGCCAUCACCGCAAGGAUUACGAACAUCACCACCAUCAUCGUCGUCGCUCCGGUUACCACCAACAACAACCAUCACCACCAUCAACCAAGCCACACGAAAAAAGGAGACCAACCCAUCACCACCACCACCAUCACCACCACUAUCGCCACCACCAAUAUCACCACAAUCAAUAUCGCCACCAUCAUCACCAUCAUUAUCACCACCACUAUCACUAUCACCACCACUAUCACCAUCACCACCACUAUCGCCACCACCAAUAUCACCACGAUCAAUAUCAUCUCCACCACCACCAAUAUCACCACGAUCAAUAUCACUACCACCACCGUCACCUCACCACCACCAAUAUCACCACGAUCAAUAUCAGCACCAUCACCACCACCAAUAUCACCACGAUCAAUAUCACUAUCACCAAUAUCACCACCACCACCACCGUCACCUCAUCACCACCACUAUCAUCACUAUCCCCAUCACCACCACCGUCACCUCACCACCACCACCAAUAUCACCACCAUCACCGUCACCACCACCACCACCCCCAUCAGCUGCGAUGGGACGCGCCGACGGCGGCGUGUGCUCGCGCGCCUACUUCGUGGCGGUGAUGGUGUUCGCUCACGUCUACAUCCUCAACAUCAUCGUGCUGCUCAUGUACGUGCACUACAGCGGGGGGCCGCGCGGGGACCCCCCCGAACCCCACGCAGAGGGGUCCGCACCGCCGCCCCCCACCACGGGACCCGGGGGACACCAAGGGGAUGAGCAAAGGGGGUCCCGGUUGCCCCCCUUCCAGCUGCCGCGCAUGGAGGGGAUUAAGGUAGGUCACGUGCGCGCAAGUCACCUCGUGCCCGGGGUGCUGAGUCAUGUGACCACGCUGAGCCUCAAGCCUCUGCUGUUUGAAGUGUCGGCCAUGCUCUCCCUUGCCGAGUGCCGGGAGCUGGAGGAGCUGGCUCGGCGCGCCGGGCUGCACGAGGUGCGGGCCCCACCGGCGGGAAGCCACGACGCUGCCACGGGCGACGACACUGCCGCCGACGCGCACCGCACCAACGCGUGGAACGCGUGGCUCAACCAGAGAGCCGGCGCCCCGCAGGUGCUGCGCUCGCUCAGUGACAGGGUGGUACACCUGACGGGGUUGCCACGGGCGCUGGUGGAGGCGGGCGAGCCCGUGCAGGUGCACGUGCUGGCGGAAGGCGGGCACGAGCGCGCCCACCGCGACAGCGGAGCCACGGACGCGCGCACCGUGUGUGCCCACACGCGCAUGCUGGCGCAGCACCACCACACGGCGGAAACGCCAUGCCGCUAUGUGACGGUGUUGGUGUUUCUAAAUGACGUGGAGGAGGGCGGAGAGACGGCGUUUCCUGCCGCGGACAACCGGACCUUCGAUUCCUCGGACCUGGUGCGAGGCGACGUGGACAUGAGUGACAUGCGCGCCCACUGCUCCCGCGCCAACCUGCGCGUCACCCCACACGCCGGCAGCGCUCUGCUGUGGUACAACCACCUGUCGGACGGCCGUGGCUGGGUGGGCGAGCUGGACGACUACUCUCUGCAGGGCGACUGCGCAGUCGUGCGCGGCGCCCGCUGGACCGCACGACUCUGGGUGAACGUCGACCCGGACGCUCAGCGCCAGUCCCGCCUGCUCGACCCCGCGUGGCCGGGUCAGCGUGACCCCGUGCGACCCGCCCACCCUGACUCCGCGUGGCCCGGUCUGAAGCCCCAGUCCUGGGGCCCAGGCCAUGAUGAGGUUCCCCCCUCCUCCUCCUCCUCCGCUGCUGCUGCCCCCGAUGGCCGAUCGGAGCUGUGAGGACGCACAGAUGGAUUGAUGGACGGUUGGCGACCUCAAGACUGUGGAGUCGUUCUUUUCAGUUCACCCGUGUGUCCACCGCUCGCGGAGGAGAAGCGCGAAAUUCCAGAGCGUGGCUGUGAUAUUGGCUCGGCCACAGCCCUUGCUGUGUGACCGUGUGUCUGUGUGUGUAUGACUGCGUGCGUUUAUCUUGUAUUUAUUUUAUUUAUUAGUGCUUGUUCAUUUGUGUUGCUGUUGGUCAGUAGCGGGGUUCCCCUUGUGUGUGCAACCCGUGUUUGUCUUGGCGAAUUCAUGGGCCCUAGAAUGUGACUGACAUUGUAGCGAAGCAGCACCUGUGGGUCCUGGAAUGUGAAUGCUGCAGGGGUUAGCAUCACUUCACUUGGUCAUCACCGAGUGGGUGGCCUGGGCAAGGCCUACCCUAGGCCUAGGCUAGGGCGAAGGCUAUGGCCAUAAAUAAUGAUGCCCUCUACCCAGAAGAGCCUCACUGAGUCGCCAGACUGUUUUUCAGGAGUGUUGUGCCACAUCGGGAUGUUUGGCCAAUUAUUUUGGCGAAUUAUUUUGGCGAAUGUCAUUUGGCGUUAAACCAGGAUAACCCGGAGAAAACCCCAUCGUGUACGGGGGGGAAACACUGAAUUAUCCACACAGAUGGAUUCAAUAAUAUAUUCUGGUAUGUUCUGGCCGCACCUUGCAGUUCAAGCCUGCAGCACUCGCCUUUCGUGGCAUGUCUACCCCUACCAAGUACUAACCAGGCUUAAAACUGCUUAGCUGCUGAGGUCCGACUGUUACAGCCGUAUGCUGGGAUGGAGUCACUAUUUUAAAGAGUUGAGGGGACAGGUCCCCAAUUUUGUGUGCACAGUGUGUCACGCGUGUGCUUGUGUGGCGGUCAGCAGGGGCUUGCGGAAGGUUCUGAGAAUGUUUGCGUCAAUCCACUGCUCCGUGAAGGUUCUCCCCCGCACACUGCGCCGGUUGCGUUGGGGGGUUACUUGACCAUAACUUCACCGUGCUCGCCAGUGCGGGUUGGCGAAGGCGGGGAGCAUAGACGUAGCAGCUUGGUAGCACAACGGUACAACAGCGCGUGUUUGCUGGACUGACUUCUGCUGCCCACAAUGUAGCAAGCCGACACAACCUGCUGCUGUUGCUCAACUCGUGAUGGGUGCAAAGGAUGGAGCUACCCAAGUAGUAGGCGGAGCUACCUGGGUAGGGGGUGGAGCUACCCGACUAGGGGAUGGGCUACCCAAGUAGUAGGUGGAGCUACCUGGGUAGGGGGUGGAGCUACCCAAGUAGUAGGGUGGAGCUACCCAAGUAGUAGGCGGAGCUACCUGGGUAGGGGGUGGAGCUAC